GUACUAAUCUUUGUUUUUUUUUUGUUCUUUUUUUUAUUGCAGCAUAACCGGCAGGAGUCCAUAUCCCCGGAAUAUCAUCGCUAUGCAAGCAUUGGUAAAUUGCCAAAAGCGGUGGUGGCAGCAGCAGCGCAAGCAACCUAUACCGUUACGGCGGACAUACACCACAUCAGCAAUAACAGCAGCAACAACAAAAACAAUAUUAUCAGCAACAACAACAACACCAUUAGCAGCAGCAGCAGCAAUAGCAAUACCGUCAGCAGCACGGCGAGCAGCAGCAAUAACAACGGUCACAAUAAUAUUAACAAUAACCAACAUUACAGCAGCAACAACAACAACAACAACCACACAACACACCAGUCUCAACAGCCACACUACGCCGGCGAUGCAAUCAAUGCAUCUUCAUUUGCCACACCACCGACACGACGACGUUUCUUUAAUCACAAGAAUUUGCGCAGCGCUUUGACCGGACACCGUCGCACCGCAUCGAGUGGUGGUGGUGGUGGUGGUGGUGUUGGCGGCGGCAGUUGUGGUGUGCCAACAGAUGCCGCCGCAGCGAUACUCGUCGAUGGCGACGACGAUCACGUGCUAACUCCUGCCGAGAAGCAAAAGGAUCAACUGCGCGCCCGGCUCGGUCUGCUGCUGGACAGCGAUCAGAAUGGCAAUACGAACACCACGACCAGCAGCAGCUCCUCACAGAACAUCAGCCCUGAACAGACGCUAUCGAAUGGUUGCGCCAACGCAUUUGGCUCUCAACUCUCCGUGAUCACCAAGGAUGACACACUCAGCUUGGCUGGAAAGUUGAAUGCCUUGUCCGUAUCCACAGAUAACAGUGAUGUAUUUCCUGUGAAGGCGCGCAAGUCGGGCAUACGACGUUCGGCACGCACCGGUCAAGUAGGCAGUGGCGCGGGUAAGCGUAAUGCCAUUUACAAGCCAGCGGCCACUGUUCCACCAGUGCAACUUGCUUUGAAGCCGCUCUUCUUUGAGGUACCAUUACCCGAACCAGAUCCACCAUUUAUUGGACGUCAGUGGCUGCUGCGCGAACUCUCCAACAUACUCACCGGCACCGAGACGCCGGGUGUGCUGAUCAAUGGCAAUCCAGGUACGGGCAAAACGGCGCUAAUUUUGCAGUUGGUGGAGUAUUCGUGUUUUGGACGCCGCAAGAAUAGCAAAGAGGACAGCGAUCCAGAUGGCAUAUAUUGUCCCAUCAAUAUCGGCCACGAUCGCAUACGCGCUUUGGCUUCGCACAUUGUCGGCUAUCACUUCUGUCAGGCCGAUUCGAAUCUUACUUGCUUGGUGCCGGACUUUGUACACUCGCUGGCUGCACAGCUAUGUCAAGCUCCACAGCUGGAGGCAUAUCGCGAGUAUCUGCUCAGCGAGCCGCAUCUGCAGGAUAUAUUGAGUGUGAAGGAGUGCAUAGCCGAUGCUGAGCGCGUGAUGCGCAUGGCCAUUUUAGAGCCGUUAAUUGUGCUAAAACGCGCUGGAAAGAUACCAACAAAGACAUGCGUUAUUCUCGUCGAUGCGCUGUGUGAGGCAGAGUACCAUCGCCCCGAUCAUGGAAACACAAUCGCUACUUUUCUUGCCAAGAUGACGCAACACUUUCCGUCGUGGUUGAAGGUCGUUGCCACGGUGCGCACGCAGAUGUUGGAAUUCGUCAAAGGUUUGUCGUAUACAAAAAUGACGCUAGACAGCUGGGCCUCGAACGAUCUGCUGCAGAAGGAUAUGCUAGACUACAUCACAUUCCGUGUGAACCACAGCGUGGAAAUACAGAACAAUAUUGGUGCUAUAAAAGAUCACAGCAGCGGGCAGCUCAAAUUCAUAGGGCACCUGCAGGCGCUGACGAAGGGCUCGAUGCUGUACGCCAAGCUGAUACUCGAUCUCAUUGAGCGCGGCCAAUUGGUGAUCAAGUCGACCAGCUACAAAGUGUUGCCCGUGAGCUUGGCGCAGAUCUUCCUCUUGCAUUUCAACUUGCGUUUCCCCACCAACAGCAGCUUCGGGAAGGCCGCACCCAUACUCAACGUGUGUCUGGCUGCGCUGUAUCCGCUCACCUUGAACGAGAUCUACUACACCAUUAGCGCCAUGAAAACAGACGAGGUGCUGAGUUGGGAUGAGUUUUUGCAGCGCUUUAAACUGCUGGAUGGCUUUCUCAUACGCCGCAUCGACAACACUUACAUGUUCUUCCACUCCUACUUUCGCGAGUGGUUAAUCAGGCGCGACGAGGGUGAAUCCUCGAAAUUCCUUUGCGAUUUUCGACUCGGACAUGCAGCCAUUGCAUUUCGGUUGUCGCGCAUGCAGGCGCCACUCGAUCCCGAGCAGACAAUGGAGCUGGGCCAUCACAUGUUGAAGGCGCACAUCUAUCGCAACUGUCAGGGCCCACAACUGCCGCGCGAUAUGCAGUCCUUCUGGAUCGCUUCGGUCACCGACAAUAUUUCCGCUUCGCUCGGCUCGCUACGCAACGUCUAUAGCCCAAACUUGAAGGUGUCCCGCCUAAUACUGCUCGCCGGCGCUUCGCCACACUACCGCACUGAGUUCAUGGGCGAUGCAACAAUACUCUGCAUAGCAGCGCACGAAGGCAUAGUGCCCAUGGUGAGCUUGCUGCUAGAAUUUGGCGCCGAUGUUAGUCUCACAAACAGCCAAGGCUGCACGCCGCUCAUACUGGCCGCCAUACGCGGACACGCAGACGUCGUGCGCUUGCUUGUCGCCGCCGGCAGCAGUUUGGGUCAGACCGAUACAACGCAACGCUGCGCGCUAGUGCACGCAGCACGCACAGGGCGUUUGAACGUGGUUAAAUAUUUAUUGGCUUGUGAUUGGACGCCGCGUCCCAACUCGCACGAUGUAAGCUUGGCCGUAGCGCUGCAGCAAUCCCUCAUUGCUGCGGCAGCACAGGAUCAUAUAACAAUUGUUGAGGAUCUGCUCGAACUUGACGGCAUCGAUGUGAAUCUCAUGGAUGAAGCGUGUGGCGAUCUACCACUAACGGCAGCUGCGCGUAAUGGCUGCAGCGACGCUGUGGCAAUUUUGCUAUCGAAAGGCGCGCGCAUUGACGCACGCAACAAGCAAGACUACACUGCUCUCUGGCUGGCAGUGAAAGAGGGUCACUGGGCAGUCGUCGAAAAGCUGAUACAAAACGGUGCCGACAUCGAUGAACCAGUGACGACGGCACGCAAAACACCGCUCAUGAUUGCCGCAGAAGAAGGACACAUUGAGCUGCUGGAACUGCUAAUAGAUCGCGGCGCUUCUCUUGAGGCGCAAGAUGAGGAGGGCUUCACUGCGCUCUCCUGGGCUUGCCUGCGAGGGCGUCAACCCGCAGCCAAGUGUCUGAUCGAACGUGGCUGCAACCGGAAUCACGCUGACAACAACGGCCGCACGCCACUAGAUCUGGCAGCAUAUCAGGGAUCUGCAGCGCUGGUGCUCUAUCUGCUCGAGCAGGGCGCGAAUAUAG